GAGCUGACGUCCGCCAUUUUGUUUUGCGUCUCGUCUUGAGUUUGCAUAUUCUCCAAACUGACGCGAUUUUUACCGAUUUGUAGGAGUUUUGGAGACCGGUUUUCACCACAGACCUACAGUGAUGGCUGGGUUCAUGUGUCUGCCACCUAGUAAAGAGCUUCAUGCGGAACAAACUGCGAGUGAGACGCACAUCAAAGAGGAGCCGACUGGAGACACUGCAUGGCAACAGGAUGGACAAGAGAACGUGCUGUGCAAGGAAACGUACAACUACCAACCAACUGGACAAUCUUGGAGCGAGACUUACAACAGUUGGGAGCAGACAACUGACACGGGACGGCAGCAGGACGAGGAAAGGGACGUUCUAAACGACGAAACGUGCGGUGUAAAAGCGGAAAUGGAAGGGUCUAACUGUGAGCUUUCUUCUGGAGAACUGUGUACUGGGCAUCCUGUGAAGGAGAUGGGCCAUUCUGGGAAGACGACAUUCCGUACAGAACACCAUGGGAAGGAGAGUGACAGCAGGGAGACCCAGACAACAGACAUGGGCCUGCAGCAGGAAACGUGUGAUGUGAACUUUCCCCAACCUGACAACACAUCAACCUCACAGGUACAGGAGACCAUAGGCAUUACUGGAAUGUAUGUGAUUGAACACACCGGCGAGAAACCUUUCGUGUGUGGGGAGUGCGGGUACCGGGCAGCUUAUAGGUCUCACAUAUCCCAACAUAUGAGAACCCACACAGGAGAGAAACCCUACAAGUGUCACCAUUGUGACUAUGCUGCUACACAGCAAGGCAGUCUAGCCUAUCAUAUAGCAAAAAAACACACCGGUGAGAAACCGUACAUGUGUGGAGAGUGCGGGUAUAGGGCGACAAAAAUGUUUGACUUAGCAAGGCAUAUGAGAACUCAUACAGGAGAAAAACCCUACAAGUGUGACCAGUGCGACUAUUCUGCUGCACAAAAAGGCAACUUGGACCAACACAUAGCAGCAAAACACAGUGAGAAACCCUACAUAUGUUGGGAUUGUGGGUACAGGACAGCUUUUAAGUUAUAUUUAUCCCAACAUAUGAGAACCCAUACAGGAGAAAAGCCGUAUAAGUGUGACCAGUGUGACUAUUCUGCAGCACAGAAAUCUGCUUUGCACAGACAUCUAGCAAAACACACAGACGGAGGGCGCCACGUGUGUGACGUGUGCGGGUACAAGACACCUUAUAGACCAACGUUAUCUCAACAUAUGAGAACCCACACAGGAGAAAAACCCUACAAGUGUGACCACUGUGACUUUUCUUCAGCGCGGAAAGAUGAUUUGAAGAAACAUGUAGCAAACCACACCGGUGACAAACCCUUCUUGUGUGUAGAGUGUGGAUACAGAGCAUAUACUAGAUCUAUCUUAUCCGCACAUAUGAGAAAGCAUUCAGGGGAAAAACCCUACAAGUGUGACCAGUGUGACUAUUCUGCUGCAGAUAAGUCUACUUUGGUCAAACACAUACGAAAACAUACCGGUGAGAAACCCUACAUGUGUGGGGAGUGUGGGUUCAGAACAGCUGGCAGGUCUACCUUAUCCCGACACAUGAGAACCCACACAGGGGAAAGACGUUACAAGUGUGAUCAGUGUGACUAUUGUGCAGCACGGAAAUACGAUUUGGACAAACAUCUAGCAACACACACUGGUGAGAAACCCUUCAUGUGUGGGGAGUGCGGGCACAGGACAGCUCGAAAGUCCACCUUAUACAAACAUAUGAGAACGCAUUCAGGGGAAAAACCCUUCACGUGUGACCGGUGCGACUAUUCUGCUGCACAGAAAUGUACUUUGGACCGACACCUAAUGACACACACAGGUGAGAAACCCUACAUGUGUGGGGAGUGUGGGCAUAGCACAGCCGAAAAGUCUGACUUAGCCCGACAUAUGAGGACGCAUACAGAUGAAAAAACCUAAAGUGUGACUUUUCCGCCGCAGAGAAGUCAACUUUGGACAGGCAUCUAACAAAGCACACCGGUGAGAAAUUCUUCAUGUGUGAGAACAGCAACUUGACGGUCUAAUUUAGCCCAACACAUGAGAACGCACACAGGAGAAAAACCUUAUGACGUCAAACUAAAACUACACUGCGGCUAGGAAAUCUCAUCUCCUGAAACAUUUGACAAGACCUACCAAAGGACCUACAUCUACGUGUGUGACAAAUGUACAGCAUACAACGGUUUUGCCUUCUAAAACGUGAACGGUCAUUUAGAAGGAAAAAAUCGUAUCCAGGGGUGAAAACAUUAUCUGUAGUCUUAGUCUGUACAUGGGUCCGAUAACAAAGUUCUGUAAAAAUUUAGAAAAGAGGUAGACUAGUUCAGGUAGUCUGGCAAGAUUUAUAGCAAAUCUUUUAAGAGCUUGGCUUGAAGUAAUGCGCAAGUUUCACUCAAUACUUUGUAGAUGUUGAUUCUGUACAUAAGAUGAUACUUAUGCAUAGAUUUAAUUUUUUCUUUCGUGUUAAAUCGACUGUUUCUUUUUUCUAAAGAGUUGUAUAAAUGUUAGAUGUCACGGAAGUAUCUAAACGUUUUUGGCAUUGGUAGUUUAAAUUGUUUUAGUUUAAUUUUUUUUUAAUUUUUCGAAAGAACAACUUUACUUUUGCAACAUCUCGCAGCAUAAUAUUGCGUAUUGUGUACAUGUACUUAAGUAUACCAUGCACUUAUAUUCUGUGUUUAUUCGGUAUUUUGUCUUGCAAUAUCUUAUACAUGUUUGAGAACUUGAUGCUGUUUGAUCAUUCAAAGUAAAGGGAUGUAAAUAAAACAAAGUCAUUGAUUCUGUG